AUGAUAUCGCGAUCCGUGGGAGGGUCAACCCCAGCACCUCCCGCAGCACCUCCCCCAGCUUCCUCUCCUCUAUCCCCUCCUCCCCCUUCACAGUCUUUCUCUAAACAAGACUCGGCCUUUACACAAACAUCAGGCUUUCGCCAAUCGAGGGAGCUCCCUUACGAAUUGGCCCAACAUGUGCAGACUUACUAUGAGGAGAAUCUUUUCACCCAGGCUAUCAACUUCCUGUUAUCCAUCACCGGCAACAGCGCAUCAUCCAAUGACCGCCGGGCCCCGGUCAUCAUACCUCCAGCAGCCCACCUUGCGCUCGCAGCCACACUUGCCGUCCAUCCUGUAUUCACUUCGGGGACUAAUUCGAGCGACAAAUGGGAACAAGCAAAUGCCGCACGCCGUCUGUUGUGGUUGGUUCACGCAACAGUUGGUCCUCUGAACGGCGACUUUGCAACGGCCUUCAGCUUUCGGAAAUAUGAUAUUCGAUCUUCUCGGCAUAAUGGCCUUCGCAUCGAAGACGAAGACGGAGAGUUCAGCCAAGAUGAACAUGCCCCAUCCGAGGACCACCUGAACACACCCUUCGCUGUGUCACAAGCCCUUUGGGUUCAGGCGGAGGAUUUCUGGCAUCUUGUGGGUUGGGCUUUGAACUGUGCGUGUCUUAGCAGCACCUACCGCGCCAGGUGGGACUACUACAGCCUUCUUCUGGCGUUUAUGGUUGAGACGCUUGAAACGGACUGGCAGCUGCGUACCACUGGAGCCGAAUCAUCGCCCGAGGAAAGUCUGUUGUGGCAGUACAUCGAACUGGCGGCCGGCGGGCACGCAAGAGCAAGACGGAUCGUCCGGGCUAUAUUUGCCGACGGGAGCACGCGUUCGACGAGCGAAUUCCGCGCCAUCUUCCCCCAUGAGCUGAAGGAGCCGGAGGAGGAGAAAGACGGGAAAAUCCAGCGGAGGGAAGUUGAUGUCAACAUUGAACAGGAUAUCUACGGCGACUACAUGGCCCACGAUGACUCCGACUUCUCCGAAGAUGGCGAGGUAGCCAGCUCUGGUACAGCGGCGAGCGGUUGGCAUGGGAGGCGUAUGCGGACGCGGACGCGCACACGGACACCAUCGUCGAGGCGCCUCACGCCACAGAGCAGUUCAAGCAGCUUACGGAAUGAUCCCGAAAAUGGUGACGACUGGGCAGCUGCUUCAUUGGCAUCUAAGAUCACAGAACCCACGUCGCUGGACCUCCGACUCCGCCUGAUGCGCCUCCUGGUCUACGUGUCCUCACAUCCGACACUGACCUCGACAUCGCCCACGACCUUCCCCGACAUCGAAGAAUUGUUGACGCUGUUCGUCGAAUUUACCAAGCCGCUUCCUCUCCCUGUCUUCGCGCGAAUCCUGCUUCCGUCGACAGCGGCGCAGCGCACAUCAUGCUUCUCAGAUCCUCCUGGUUUCGUUCAAUCCCAGAUGUUCGAUCCGCAGACAUUGACUCUAUUUUGCGAAUCUCUCCUGCAACGGAUCCUCGAAAACUCGUCCCCGUCCAUCCGCUCUCACAUGCUCCUGUCCCAGGCCAAGCUCGAAAACGAGUACCUCCCUUUUGCGGCGGGGCGCAUCUCCGUUGAUGCCAACGCCCGAGUGUCUAUAUUGCUUGAGUCGCUCGUGCGUUGUUUGGGCGAGUUGGGCGUCCUGAAGAAGACCGAGGCACUUAGGGAUGCAGUCAAGCAGGGUGUGGAGAAGCGAAUGAGCCGUGUCGCCGAGCUACGAGAUGCAAAGGGAUCCAAGAAGGCGCAGGAAGGAGGUCAGCAAGGAGCGUGGGCCUGGUUGGUCGAGAGCGGGGAAAGGAUGAUCAAGGUUGUUGAUGCACUGUGA